AUGGCAUCGGGGAAUCAGCACUCAAUUGCACGGAGCGUGAGUGGGAUCUCUAUGUACAGCGCCCCUGCAGCGCCCGAGGAUGAGGGUGCAAAGCCCAGCCAAAAGGAUGCAUCCUCCAAGGUGAACGUGAUCGUGCGGCUGCGGCCGCCAGCCAGUCCGGAUGAGGACAUUAGCGAGGUCUUCGCCUUGACGGAGAAGAAGAGCGUGACCGUGAAGGAUCCACUGUCCAGGGGGCGUAUGGAGCACAACUUCACCUUCGAUCACGUUUUUGCUCCGGACGAUGGCCAGGAAGCAGUGUUUGAUGUCGUCGCAAAGCCGCUGGUGGACAACCUGCUGAAUGGAUUUAACAGCUGCUGCUUUGCCUACGGUCAGACUGGCUCCGGCAAGACACACUCGGUGUUUGGAGAGGGAAACAAGGAGCAGCGUGGCCUUCUGGCCCGCUCCAUCGAGUACCUUUUUGACAGAAUUGAGGGGCAGGCGGAGCAGAAGGAGGUGGGUAUGGUGGUCAGUUUCCUAGAGAUCUACCUGGACCAGGUGCGCGACCUGGGUCGCUUCUAUUUGGAAGGCGAGACGCUGGUGGAUGAUGAUCCCGUUUCCAAGACGCCCAGCAUGUCCCGAAUGCGGAGCUCCCAGUCCGGAAAAUCUUUGGGAAGCCGGCCCGGAUCUGCCAAGGACAGAGAGUCAGGCAGCCGACCAGCGAGUGGGAGCAGGCCUGCUUCCGGAGAGGCGAGGAGUCGGCCUCCUUCCGGUAAGGCGGCAGCAGAUCGGAGUCGCACCAGUGGGGCGACGUCCAAUCCUGACGAGUUGGAAGACCUCUAUGUUCGUCAGGAUCUGCCUAUUCAUGAGACGCCUCAAGGCCUGGUCUUCGUGGAGGACUUGUCACUGAUCCCUGUGACAAACAUCCGGGAGGUCUUGAGCGUGGCAAACCUGGGUGUGCAGAUGCGCGCGACGUUCGAGACGAAACUCAAUGCCCGAAGCUCCAGAUCGCACACGAUCUUCAGUGUGAGCAUUGUGCAGAAGUCGAAGUCCGACCCCAAAAGCGGCGUCGUCGGCAGUGUCGUCAACUUUGUGGACCUCGCGGGUUCCGAGAGGCUGGCGCGCAGCCAGUCGGAAGGAAGGAGGUUUCAGGAAGCAGUCAUCAUCAACAGCUCCCUGUCGGCCCUGGGCAAGGUGGUUUUAGCCCUGGCCUCCGACAAAGCGCGGCACAUCCCCUACCGCGACUCGAAGCUGACCCGGAUCCUCCAGAAUUCUCUGGGUGGUAACUCUUACACCACGCUGCUGACGACCGUCGAUCCAUCUGCGGCGAACUACGAAGAGUCUCUGAACUCACUCUUCUUUGCAGACCGCUGCCAGAACGUCCAGAACAAGCCCAUUCAAAACGUGGCCAAAGCGGAUGCCGAGGGGAAUGAAAGGCAGAUCUCCAAGUUGACCCUGGAGAUUGUGAACCUGAAGCACCAGUUGGAGGUUGCGGGUGCAGCCGUUGGGCCGGGAGCGCCAGGAGGGCAGCCAGGGGCUGGCCGUGCACCUGUGGGAGUAUCCGGUGUGAAGAGCAUGCGUAGCCAGCGCAGCAUGCGGUCCGGCGUGGGACAGAUGUCCAUGGCCGGUAGCAUGAUGUCCCAGCAGCCCUCGGAGCAGUUGGACUUGGGCGAUGUACUGGAUCAGGCCGGCGAGAAGCUCAUGAGUGAGCGGAGGCUGGCGUUCCAGCUGGAGGUCAAAGUCCAGCUGGCCGAGGAUCAGCUUGAUCGCGCUCGCAUCGAGCAGUUGCACAGAGAUGACAAGAAGCGCAAGGAAGCUGGCAUGGUCAAGAAUACCAUCAAGGCCUUGAAGAUGGAGAUGCAGAAGUGCCAACAGCGAUUUGACUACCUCCAGGCUCUCUUUGAGUCCGAGCAGGUGCAACUGACAACGUCCGUGCACCGAAGGUCUUUGGAGCUGAAAAACCGACGGAUGGACUUAGCCAGCACCUUUGCUCGGCCUAUUCUCGAGUCCGCUCUGGUCGGAGAGGAUGGCGUCGAGACGGCUGCGCAGAAGGCUAUAGACGAGAAGUGUGCGACCCUUGAGAAGGAGUUUGACAGCUUCACGCAAGCGCUGGAGAGGAGCCAUGCCAGAGAGAGUUUUCAGCUGACGACACCUUUCCAGCAGUGGUUUCAGGAGAAGGAUGCCGAAAGCGAACUCGCAGCUGCGGGUAAGGCGAGAUGUAUCUUCGAUAGCCGGCAGAAGAGGAACAAGAUCCAGGGAGAGCUAAUCUCCGCAUGGGACUUGGCACAGCGUCUCUUCAAGAUCGUGGAGGCGCAGAGUGCCGGGGUGCCCAAUGAGGAUCGCUGCAAGGUGCAUCGCGUGGAUCCGACGAUGCCAGUGGUUACAAUGCCGCUGGUUGGCUCUAGGCCCUCCUCAAGAAGAUCCUCCAAAAACACCGCUGGGGAAGGCUCCAAAGAGGAGACGUCUCCGCGAACUCUGGCUGGGAAGAUCGCAUCGCUCCUUGUCGGGCUGCCAGACCCACCACUCCGAUCCGAUGCAAAGGACAUUCGCGAGCAGCUGUGCAAGACGCCUGCGCAGCCCUCCGGCGCAGACACCCUGCAGCCUUGUCGACCCAGCGCCCCCACGGUUCGGCCCACGAGCGCGGGCUUCACGAGAAGCCGAGCCAGCAGCGAAACCGCCGGUUCUGCUACGGCCACCUCAAUCAGCGGCGAAGAUGUGUCCUGGUGGGACGCCGAUGGCUUUGCCAGAGACUUCUGUGAUCUCGACGUCGCUCCCAGAGACGAGAGUGGGGCCCAGGAAGUCUUGGAAAGCCUGUGCCCAGCGAGGCUCCGGGCCCUCUGCACGUCGCUGCAUCGGCGGGUCAGCUUGUCAAAGGCGGACAAGGCUGCUGAAAAGGCCAAAGCCUUGGACGAGGUCGCCCGGCGGCUAUCCCACUCGGAGACCGUCGACCGCAUUCGUGAGAUGGAGCGGGAGAUCGCGAAGUACAAGGAGCAGCAGGUGGUCCAGCACGAGGAGCAGUACAACCUCGAGUGCGUCCUGAAGCAUUGCAACGAAAGCUGGUCUUCCUUGGGCAACUGA